UCACAGCAAGAUGAUGAAUUUCCCCAGCCUCAGUCUCGCCCUCAUCGUUGUCGUCUGUGCCGUGAGCAGCAGCUGGAGCCUGCCCGUGGAGUUGGAUAGCGGCGCCAUCAGUCUGCUGGACCUGGAGGCAGAGCAGCAGCCGGUGGUGGACUUGGAGCCAGAGGGCGAACGUGUGGCACGUGGACUGGGCGGCUUUGGAGGACUCGGCGGCAAGUUUGGCGGCCUGGGAGGAGGACUGGGCGGACUCAAAGGAGGAUUUGGCGGCGGACACGGUUUCGGUGGCGGAUUUGGUGGUCAUGGUUUUGGCGGCAGUUUCGGCAGCUUCAAGGGACUCUUUGACAAGAAAUUCCGAUAAUUUCGAUAAUUCCGCCAUGUCCUAGCUGUAGAUCCUGUUUAUUUUGUAAUAAAAUUUGUUUA